AUGCUUGAUACAAUUUUCACGGAGACACACAAUCAUAGCCCUUUACGCACCGGCUCACAUCAUACUACAUUCGAUGAUCUUGUCCAGAUCCCACCUCAUGGAUUUCGCAAUAACCAGAUAACUCGAGAGGACCUCGAAGAUCGAAUCAAUGAAAAAUAUUCGAACAAAGUGGUGCAAAAAGUCGGGCUCUGUCUUUGCAUGUACGACCUCUUGAAAGCUUCGGAUGGCUUGAUCGGAAACGGCACUGGCAAUGCCAAUGUGAACGUCCGUUUUCGAAUGAUCGUCUUCCGACCAUUUAAAGGCGAGGUCAUCACCGGCACGGUCCAGAAGUGUACGCCCAAGGGCAUUCGAAUCACGACCCAAUUUUUUGAAGAUAUUUUUGUGCCUCAGACCAUGCUUUUCGAGGGGUCCGAAUACGACGAAGCAGAGAAGACAUGGGUGUGGAGAACAGAAGAGUCCGAACUCUGGUUUGAUGAAGGAACAAUUGUCAAUCUGCGUAUCGAGGCCGAGAAAUGGCAAGACCAGGGCCCAAAAGGUCCCAUCACGGACAGCGAAACUGAGACAGAGAAUGAAUGCCAAGUUCCUUACUCUAUAGAAGCUUCAAUGGCCGAGGCCGGCCUAGGAGGUGUUGAAUGGUGGUGA